UAGAACCAACAAAUAAUGUGCCAUAAGGGUGACACUCUGCUGCCUAAAAGAAGAAACUGCGUUACCCUGUAUAGUCAGAUUCUGGAAAUGAAUACACAAGUGGCAGCAAAUGGACACACUGUCCUAUCUGGACUUAACGUGGUUUCCACAUCCCCACUUCUUCAUUUUCUGAAAGCUGAGCCAAAAGCACUUGGGACUGUCCAAAUAAUGAUUGGACUUAUCUCUUUAAUGUUUGGGAUUGUCUUCUUGACUGAUCCUCCAUUUGCCCCGGCGUCUGUUCUUAGUGGACAUCUUUUCUGGGGAACAAUAUUCUACAUCAUUACUGGCUCUCUGUCUAUCGCAGCAGCAAACAACCCUAAUUCCUGUCUGGUGCAAGGCUCUCUGGGAAUGAAUGUCGUCAGUGCCCUAGGUUCAACAGCAGGCAUUGGUUUACUGACAACAGACUUUUUCUUAUAUUACAGCUGCCCCUAUCAAGAUUGUUACAGGUUUGAGGCACGAUCUAAAGCGAUCAGUGCAGUGCUACUGGUUUUCACUAUUCUUCAGCUCAUCAUCUCAAUCACCAUCUCAGCAUUCGCCUGCAAAGCCACAUGCAACUCUCAACCAAUGCUGCCUGUAAUGUACUCUAACCAGGGUGCCACUGUCAACACACAAGUUCCUGUUGGAAUGUAUACCAACCAGGCAGGCAGAGCUAACCCAAAUAGUGUGAUGUUAUUCCCACAAACACAUGUGAACAUGAACAGCCCAGCACCGCAAAACAGCUAUGAAUGGUCCAGCAGAUAGCUAGACAGUUAGUUAAAACAAGCCAAAAGUUUUUAGCAUUGAAUGUUUUGAAUACUCGCGUUUCAUAUCAAAUUAUGUGUAUGUAAUAUUUGUUGUUAAUGUGAUUAAGAACACACAUUAUUUUAUAUGCAUGAUAUAUGUACAAUGUCUUUACAAGUGUAAUAUCUAAGUUUGAAAAAUAUUAAAAACAAACCAGUCAUUAACAACAUGUUCAUGUGAUAU